AUGACAAUCGUGCAUAUGGUGAUGUUCAAGUUCCGCUCCGAAGUAACGGCGGAACAUAAAGAGACCUUCGCUCGAGAACUCAAGAAACUUAAAGAACUGGACUGCGUGAAAGGACAUCGACUGGUAGUGGGAGGGCCAUCUGUGACCGACCCUAUUGAACGAAGUAAGGGGUUCGACUUUGCACUUCUGAGCUUCCAUGAGUCGCUUGCAGACCUGGAAAAAUAUCAGGCAAGCAAGGAACACCACUGGGUUACAAGCACGUAUAUGUUCCCAUACAAGGAGGACCUGGUCCGGUUUGAUUUCGAAGUUGCGCCCGAGGACGAGCACAUGUUCUUGUUUUCACGGUCAAACAUAUUUUAG